UUUCGAGGUUCGCGUCCCGUUUAGGUUUGCUUUCCGCGCUUGUCUGGUUGUUUUUAGUUGUAUUCUGAAUUUGUAUGAUGGCGUGUCGCAUAUAUGUUGGUAGGCUAAGCCAUAGGGCAAGGGAAAGUGAUGUGGAACGAUUUUUUCGGGGAUAUGGCCGUAUCAGAGAUAUAAUGAUGAAAAAUGGAUUUUGUUUCGUGGAAUUUGAUGAUUACAGAGACGCCGAUGACGCAGUUCAUGACCUCAGCGGAAAGGAACUGUGUGGCGAAAGAGUUGUAAUUGAAAUUGCCAAAGGUACACCUAGAGGCGCGGGUGGAAACUUUAUCAGUGGAUACUAUCCACCCCCUGCCCCACAGAGCAGGGGAAGAGAUUAUGGUGGAUAUGGUCGGGAUCACGGUGGCGGACGCAGAGGUGGUCGUGACAGGGAUAGUGGAGGUGGAAAUUUUGGUCCACCAUCUCACACAGAAUAUAGAGUCAUAGUUGAGAAUUUAUCAUCACGUGUAAGCUGGCAAGACUUGAAGGACUACAUGCGUCAAGCUGGAGAAGUUACCUUCGCUGAUGCUCACAGGUUUCACAAAAAUGAAGGUGUUGUUGAGUUUGCGUCACGUAGCGACAUGGAUAGUGCUAUUGAAAAGCUUGAUGAUACCGAAAUUAAUGGACGUCGAAUCAAGAUUGUUAGGGACAUGAGUCGAGCUCGAAAACAUAGUUCUAGAUCUCGUUCUAGAAGCCGAAGUAGAAGUCGCAGAAACAGCAGAAGGUCGCACAGCAGAUCAAGGAGUCACAGCCGAUCUGGAUCGAGGUCCAAGCGUUCCAGGAGCGGAAGUCGGGGAAGAAAAAGGUCCCGCAGUCGUGAAGACCGAAAUGGCCAUUCACGAUCUCGCAGUCGAUCGGCCUCUCCAGCAAAGAAAAAGAAAUCAACUGAGCGUUCUCGUUCCAGAUCUGAUGAAAGAAAAUCUAAAUCCAGAGAAAGACAAGAAUCAGAGAGGGGAGAUGAAGAUGGCAAACGCAAUGAAGAUGGAGAGGACAAGGCUGAAGAGGAUGACAGAGAAAGAAGCCGGAGCAGGAGUCGUUCACCUUCGCCUAGAGACGAACGUCGUCGUUCACGAAGCCAUUCUGAUCCGCCACGCUCAAGAUCUCGCUCCAGAAGUCAUAGUUGAAAUCAUUGCAUCAUGCUUAUGAUCAUUGUACGGCUCAGACCAAACACUUGGAUUCUGAUCAAGUGAGACUCCUAUGCGUUUAAUUUUCAAAUAACUUUGUUUGCCUUAUGUAAACAGUUCAUGAAUUUUUACGUAGUCUGAUCAACUCGAAUCAGUCCACAAGCUUUUAAUAAUGUCUUAUAGUUAGCUAGAUGCUGUAAAUAUGAACAGAACCUUUGUUGUAAAUUUUUUUAAAUGUCACAAGCUCAUGGUUUCAAACUGCUCGUCCCUGCCUAUGAUUCUAAUUGCACACAAAAAAAAUGCAAUUAGAAUAGCUUUUUGGGUGUUUUUUAAUGUAUUCGAAUGGCAUAAAUUUGUUUGUGAAAUGGAAGCCAUUUAUGUAACUCGAAAUACAAUACUGUAAUUAUGAUUCUGAUUGGUUGUGCGAGUGUAAUUUUCAAUCUAGGUUUUUUAUACUUAUAAGUGAAUGUUGUUUCAUGAUUCUAAUUUUAUUUGUAUUAUUUUUCAAACCUUAAGGAUCAAUCAGUCCAUUGACCGAA